ACCGUUUCCUGAAGGAUCCUGACAGUCAGGCUGUGUGGAUGUGACUUCACCUGUGUCUGCAAACAGCAGCUGGUGUUUCAUUCAAACAAGUGGAACAGACGAGACUGCAGAACAGAGAAAAAUUCAGCCUCGACAUUGGUUUAGUUUUUUUAAAAUGAACCGUCGAUUUCUGGAUCCUAAACUUCGUCCAAUAACUGAACACAAAUCUUCCAUCACGUGACGACUUCGCCCCAGCCAUCAGGUGGAUUAUUGUGGAAGAUAAAACACACAAACAUGGAAAACUUAUUUGAUUUUGAAGGUGGCUCCGUGGCUUACGGAACAUCCGCUGUUUCACCUGACCUGAAAGACGAACUCGUAACAAGUUUGACGUCUUUUAUACGCGUCUACAGUCAACGUAUGGCUCAUCUCCAGAGAGCUUCAGAGAGCUUCACGCUGACGGCUGCUCGACUUCGUGAAAUGCAAAGGAACAUUUCUGAGAAUAAGCCACUGCGAAGUCUCCUCAGUGUGUUUGGAGGAAUGGUUGGUGCAGCUUGUGGUGGUGUUACUGGUGGAGCUGGGGGGGCAUUGGGAGCAGUGGGUGCAGCAACCUGUGCCAGAUUUUGUGGCCAUAUUAACGCAGUCAGUGCAACUGUUGGCUUUGUCGGCAGUGUUUUAGGUGGAACAGUUGGAGGAGUGUUCAGCGGCACUGUCGGUGGUGCAAUCUGCGCUGCAGCUAAAGGGACUGGUAGCCCAGUUGAUGGUGUAGCAGGUGAUGUAGCGUGGUUCACCAUCGGCUGUGCAACUGGUGGUGCCAUCGGUGGUACUUUCGGUGGCACAGUUGGUGCAGCAGGAGGUGCAGUUGGUGGUGGUUUUGGUGGGUUGUAUGCUGCGAGGUUUGCAGUUUAUUUAGUUGGUUAUUUUUGUGAAAGCAAAGAACAGAAAACAGAGUCACUGAAGAUGAAUGUGAUGCAGAAAAGUGGAGAUUUCAGUGAAGCUAUCAAACCGCUGGUGGAGGAGCUGAAAACAGUCCAAACCAUCAGCGACAAAAUGGCCUCCAGAGAAGUCGUGCACGGUGUAGCUGCACAGACAGCACGGACUCUGACUUGUGUGACCAGGAUGGAGACAACGAUCAGUGACUGUCAGAGGACGACAGAUCUGCCACAGUUUGUUUCCAGUUUUGAAGAAGCAGCGAGACAAAGCCAGAAAAUCACAGAGGAAGUGGAAGAGACCAAAACAGAAGUAGAUACACUUCUGGUCUCACUGAGGAAACACUGACGCUGGUUGUUGAACAAGAACUGGACAAAAAUCAAAACCUGUUGAACUGAUAAUAACUCUCAACUGCACGUGAAACUGUUUUCAUACAUUUUUAAAGUGACGUAGUUCAUGAGCUGACUGUGUCACAGGAGGUGGAGGGGAUGGUGGAUGCUGUGUCACCAAGACGAGACGUCUGCCAAGCUGCAGACCACUGUUCAAGACCAACAAACAAGCAGCCAUCAAACCUGGGUGUUUUAUAGCAACAUGCGGGCUUGUUUCCAACAUGAACAGCAGUUCUUUAUAUACUUAUUUAUCAUGCAUGUUUUCUUCAGUGUAGAAUCAGUGGAAAAUAGUGUUUUCGUUACCUCAGAGGGAGACGUUUGUAUCUACGCAGGGAGCGGGUCCUCGUCUACAGAGAUCACCAUGUUGCACUGCAAUGUUUCUACAGUAGCCCAGAAUGGACAAACUAGCUCUAGAGAGGGACAUUGUGUUUUUGUGUUUUCAUUUUUUCGUUUUGAGUCUGAAAUACACCAUUUUUUAAUGCUAAACAGCGCACACUGUAAACUCUCUAUUCACACAGAAAUCUCUGAUGAUCUUUAGCGUUUAAUUUUUAUGUGAAAUAAAAACUAGUCUUGUGAGUUCAGUUUCCUUUGUACUGGCUUUGGGAUGUGAUAUCACGUCUGUAUAUAAAAAUACUGUAUUCUUGUUUUAAUUUAUUUCAUGUAUGUUCUGCUGUGUUUUUUGCUGUUUUUUUUCAACACUCCAAAAUAAUCUGAUAACUUUAAUAUCUGACAACAAAAAUGCAUGAAAUCAAAACAUUUGAGAAGCUGCAACCUGUGAAGUUUUUAUGUCAGAGUCAUAGUUCAAAGUGCAAUAUAUCAUAAAAGAAUUAUGCAUAAAGGCAAAGUAUAGUGUACAAAUGUCAUAUUUUUGUAUGCCAUCAAAAUGGUAUGGAAGAGUCACAGUAUAGAAUGUGUUACUGUUCAGGAUCAUCCGUGGUUCGCUGAAUACAGAAAUGUCCAUCCAAU